AUGAAGUGCAUCGCAGCUGUAGUCAUGGUCGCUUUGGUCGCCACCGCCCAAGCCGGAUACGCCGUCCCAACCGUGUACAGCGUUCCAUCGACCACCGUGGUCCAGCAGAACGUGGCUCCGAAGUACGUCACCGCUUACUCUGCCCCGGCCGUUACCUACGCCAGCCACGCCAGUGUCGCUCCGGUCGCUGCCUAUGCUGCUCCGGUUGCCACCUAUGCUGCUUCUCCUAUCUCUUAUGCUGCCCAAAGCACUGUUGUCCAGGCUGCUCCUGUUGCUUAUGCUGCCCCGACUGCCUACGCCUACGACCAUGGUAACUACGUCCAGGCCGUCCCGACUGUCUACGCUCAGGUCCAGAAGGAAGCUCGUUAUGUGGCCGCCAACCGAGGUGCUAUCCAUGAGGCUCCUCUGGCUGGACAUGCCGUGAACCAGAAGUCGUUGAACAUUGAACCAGCACCAGGAACUCUGUAAACUUAACUUAUUAUCGCAAU